AUGUACUGUUUAUACAUACUAACAUUGUUUAUAUUUGCCGAAGCAAGAUGGCAUCAACAGGAAAACGGCUAUCAUAAACCCACUAAAACAAAUAUUGCUAAUCCGGAGGCGAUAAUUGAAGAAAUAGCUAACCAUUUGCGAAUUGCCGAUGGCAUUGUAGCAAAUUCAUGCAAUGACUUCAACAACGAAAGAGAAACAUACGAUUCUGAUGGUUACAUUCUUAAGUAUAUACUUCAAAAGGACUUAGAAGAGUUUGUGAAUAUCAAAAUCAAGAAUAGUGUUAUGGUGAUAAAGGCUGGAUUCCAAGGAGGCAAUGAGUUCUCAGCUAUGAAAAUCCUACCCUCGAAUCUGGAAACCAGAGACGCGAUAUGGUGGAUUGAAGGCGAAGAUCUUGUUAUAACAAUCCCGUAUAAAGUAAAACUAGGUAUUGAUAUACCAAUGAAAUGUGAAAAAUGGGAUGUUGAAAUAGAUGUACCACUAAGUCCAGAAUACAGCGUUUAUCAGUUUCUAAAUAUGAAUAUCUAUGGUAAACCGGAAGUGACCAAAGUUUUUGUUUAA